AUGACCAAUUCCCCCACCCUCAUCGUGAUGAUCGGGCUGCCCGCCCGCGGCAAGACCUACAUGUCCAAGAAGCUCACGCGCUACCUCAACUGGAUCGGCGUCCCCACCAAAGUUUUUAACCUAGGAGUGUAUCGCCGCGAGGCAGUGAAGUCUUACAAGUCCUACGAUUUCUUCAGGCAUGAUAACAAAGAAGCCAUGGAAAUCCGCAAACGCUGUGCCUUGGUGGCUCUGAAAGAUGUGAAGGCUUAUCUCCUGGAGGAGUGCGGGCAGAUAGCUGUGUUUGAUGCAACCAACACAACUAGAGAAAGGCGGGAUCUGAUCUUAAAUUUUGCGAAAGAAAAUGCUUUUAAGGUGUUUUUUGUGGAGUCUGUUUGUGAUGAUCCAGAAGUCAUUGCUGCCAAUAUCCUGGAAGUGAAAGUCUCCAGUCCAGAUUACCCAGAGAGAAACAGAGAGAAUGUGAUGGACGAUUUCCUGAAGAGGAUAGAGUGCUACAAAGUUACUUACCAGCCUCUCGAUCCUGACGAGUAUGACAGAGAUCUUUCCUUCAUUAAAGUGAUCAAUGUGGGACAGCGGUUCCUAGUAAACAAAGUCCAGGAUUACAUCCAGAGUAAAAUCGUCUAUUACCUAAUGAACAUUCAUGUCCAGCCACGUACCAUCUACCUCUGCCGACACGGUGAGAGCGAAUAUAAUCUUGUCGGCAAGAUUGGUGGGGAUUCUGGUCUGUCACCACGAGGGAAGCAGUUUGCUCAGGCACUUAAGAUGUUCAUCGAAGAGCAGGAAAUUGUUGAUCUGAAGGUUUGGACAAGCCAGCUGAAAAGGACAAUUCAGACAGCUGAGUCUUUGGGGGUCACUUAUGAGCAGUGGAAGAUCCUGAAUGAGAUUGAUGCUGGCGUGUGUGAAGAAAUGACCUAUGCGGAAAUUGAAGCCAAGUAUCCAGAGGAGUUUGCCUUGAGGGAUCAGGAGAAAUAUCUUUAUCGCUAUCCUGGAGGAGAGUCCUACCAGGACUUGGUCCAGCGCCUGGAGCCAGUAAUUAUGGAGCUAGAACGUCAGGGCAACGUCCUCGUUAUCUCCCACCAGGCGGUUAUGAGGUGCCUCUUGGCUUAUUUUCUUGACAAGAGUGCAGAUGAGCUACCCUAUCUGAAGUGUCCUCUUCAUACCAUUUUCAAACUCACUCCAGUUGCAUAUGGUUGCAAAGUGGAAACAGUUAACCUGAAUGUUGAAGCAGUAAACACCCACCGUGACAAACCUUCUUUGAAUUCAAACAACCUUCCCAAGAGCCAAACCCCUGUAAGGAUGAGAAGAAACAGCUUUACGCCGCUGGCCAGUGCGGACACAAUAAAGCGCCCAAGAAAUUCCAGUGUUGGGAGCAGGCCUCUCCAUCUGCUGGGGUCUCUCCUAUUCCUGGAAGCUCAAGAUGGGGCAGAUCAGCCACGGCUACAACCUCAAGUGGGAAAUGCUUGCCUAGGAUGGCUGGUUUAACGGUGUAGAGGUUUCUGCUUUCAUCCUGAACACGGCUGCGAUUUGCACAGACACCCUCCUGGGCA